CAAUACAUGUAGAAUUUGUGGAUGUGUUAUGUUGAUUGUUUAUUUAUUGUUUAAAAAUAGAGAAUAAAAUAAAUAUUAAAUAGCAUCAUUGUGAUAAGAUAAAGCGAAUUAGUCUACAAUAUUUUUCACUCAAAUUGUUAUCAACACGGUAUUAGAUGGUCCAUGUCGUUAAAUUUUCGUUUUGUUAAGAAAAGAUUCAUGAGGCUGUAGGGUAAUAUUCUCUCUUGUUGUUCGAGCAGUUUAAGGCAGGCACACGAUUUAGCAAAAUGAAUUCAACCAGUAAUACCAUUGACCGCGGGGAUGGUGAAAAGAUUCUAGCUAUAUGUGUUUUAGGCCUAGGAAGUUUGUUAUCCGGAAUGCUUCCGGCCUUCAUUUCAGAGCAUAAUCGUCGACGUUAUCCUCUCACCACAUCAUUAUUAUUGUGCUUUGGUGCGGGUGUUCUUUUGGCCACAGCUAUGGUCCAUAUUUUGCCAGAAGUACGAAAACAGAUGGAUUCAAACCUUGCUGAAAUAACUAUUUGUGGAGGAUUUUUUAUAAUAUAUUUUAUUGACGAAUUCAUACAUAAUUUUUUUGGCGAAGCGAUACAACAUACACAGCAUAACACUACUUCAAGUAGAAGCAAUAAUAACAGCUAUGGUGCACUGCACCAUGAUACCACCCCGCUUAUAAACAAUGGUCACGAGCAUAAUGAUAUCUACCACGCUGAACAGCCGCGAACUAACGACUAUAAUGAGUCAGCACAACAACAUUUACACACUCAUUCUAAUCAUUGUGUGGACCAAGCAGUUGUAGCAGAAUCAAAUGCUCGAAUAUGUCAUUCUAGCCAUCAGGAACCAUGCGGUCAAUCUAUGACUGGCACAUUGGGUCUUUUUGUAGCAUUAUCUCUACACUCCGCCAUCGAAGGUAUAGCAAUUGGCGUACAGAACUCAGCUACAAAGGUUCUGUUUCUACUUGGAGCUGUCGCUUGCCAUAAGUUUGUUAUGGGCUUCUGUUUAGGCUUAGAAUUUCGCUCAAACCCACAUACAAGUCUGCGAAGGCAUUUUAUUGGAAUUGCAGUGUUCGCAAUGGGUGCUGUUUGUGGCAUUGUACUCGGCAUGAUAAUAGUCGAUGUACCAUCGAGUUGGUCCAGCUCAGCGCUUCCGGUUGUGCAGGGCCUUGCUGGUGGAACGCUCUUCUAUGUAACAGUGUGUGAGGUUAUACCCAGAGAGAAGGCACGUUGGCAUCAAAACUCUGCUAGAAAAACAGCUGGAUUCGGGCAGUUUUUAACAAUAUUUAGUGGUUUUGCGCUAAUGUGUAUAAUUAAUUAUAUGCUAGCCGAUGAUGAUAGCUAGUUGAAGUGAGUUUUUAUGGCAAAUCCCCAUUCAAUCUCAAAUAUCAUCUAAAUUUUUCUAUCAUGUUUGGUUAUAAG